UAGCAUAAAAGAUGACAGUGCCGCCUUGGCACUUCACUUCUGAGGUCAAAUCCGCUUUUAGGAACAAGGUCGGAGAUAUUCUUUCACAGAAAGAUCUGUAAAAUUUUCGAAUUUUCCUGUGGAAGGACACGUUCUGGAGAAAGUUACCAUCAUGUCUUUGGAAAGCGCCUAUAUCAGUCUUACUGACAUGUCAGGAAGUGAAAGGCCUUCCGAACAAAUAUCAUCCAGAAGUGUGGCGUCCAUUUCUCUUGAUGAUCCAAUGGAUAAAGUCAAGCGUUUCGUCGUUGAAAGAGGACUUAUGCUUGAGGACUGUUUUCAAGAUUAUGAUCCGCUAAGGAAAGGACACGUGUCAUCCAAUGAUUUCAAGGAAGCUUUCAGUAAGUCAUUUGGAAGACUUCUCACCGAAGAGGAGGUAGAAGAGAUACAGAGCCGAUAUCGCAUGGUUGAUAAUAUGGAUUGCUACGACUGGCCAAAAUUUCUUCAUGAUGCUGAAAAAGAUUCAAAUCAAACCUCUGCCGAACCUAAUCACAAACCCACACGGCGUCAGAAGGAAGCUGUACUGAAGAACGUUAUCGCUCAGCUGAUGAAAAGCAAACAGGAUAUUUCAGAUUUACUGGAUAGGACCCCUCUUCAAGAUUCCAACGGGAAUGAGCAAAUUGGCCAUAAAGAGGAAGAUGUUCUUCAGUUUCUCAAGGAGAUUGUCGAUAAAGAGGAUUUGGAGGUAAUUAUUGCUGUGUACGGAGGCGAGACAAGUUUCAAGUGGCAAGAGUUUCUAAAGGAUCUCCAGCAGAAUAUGAAAGACUGUCAUAAGAAAGGAAGACCAACUUCACGACGAAACAAGGUUUCUCCACAGUCAAAUGGAUUUACCAUUGAUAUUCCAGAAGAAAAGAUACAGAAGACCCAAAAAGGGAGUCUUUCCUUCCGCCAAAGUCGCAGGCGAUUUACUGUUUCUUACGAGACACUGGUUUGGAUUGUUUUUCUGGUGUCAACAGCCCUGUGCGUGAUUGAUCGCUUUGUACUUAAAGGGGAUAUGGUUUUAGGAAGAAGUGGAAAGCUCCCUAAGCGGCUUUGGGGAAAUCACCUGGGAGAGACUGCUACUAAUGUAGUGUGGGCCAUCACUGCGCGAAUGAUCAUCACUUCUCAAAACUUAAUGUUCUACACGAUGAUGUGUUGCCUCCCAAACUUCAUCUGCGAGACGGCUCCAAACUGGAUCACAAUAGACGGAAUCCGCAAUGUUCACUCAAGAAUUCAUGCAUUUGCUGGAAUUUUCCUUUUGGCGAUACCUUCCGUUGCUCAUGUUCUUCUAAUUUUUGUUCCGCCCCUUAUUGAUGGCACUCAACUUCUGUAUUAUCCACCGAGUACCUUCAACUACAGCAAAUACCCUGAUCACUUAAACUGGACGAAGUUCUGGGAUCCUGCAGCACUUCAAGGCUGGACCUUCAAUGAUCAUAAGGGGGUUCAUUUAACGUCGGACGAGAUUUAUCGAUUCAUGCUCGUUAUCGUCAUAUUCUGCUUAAUUGUCCCUUUGAGCAGAUCCAAUUAUGCGAAUAAACGAAGCUACUCGUUAGCGAUGGCCCUACACGUUUUUGCAGGGAUCUGGUACGCCAUUGACAACAUCCGAAAGAUCACUCAUGGUCUGUCGCAAGUCGCUAAUCUUCCCAUUUUGGUUCUCUGGUGCAUCGACAAAAUUCUCUCCAUUUUGUACUAUCGGCGCAACUGUGGCCACGUUGUGAGAAAGGAAGUCGUUGGAGACAAUGAAUACGUGAUUAUGUACGUGAAACUGGACAGCAACGUUAAGCAUGCUGUCGGCGAUGUUUAUUAUCUUCUACACAAAGGAGAAAACACUGGAAUGCUACCACAGCGGUCCCAUCCCUUUACAACCUUUGCCAAUAUGUCACAAGAUUCAACUUGGGACAUUGGUUUUGUGAUAUCGAUAAUGGAGGAUGAGGAGCAAAUGUGUCUCCCUUGGACAAAGUGGCUUGCUACCAACGACGAAGCCAUCACCUUCCACACAUGGGGACCUUAUCGCUCAUCGGUUUGGAAGCUUUAUGACGAGCUAACCAAUGUAACAAAUGGAGGUUCGCCUUCGCAUUUAGUUUUGUUCGCCACUGGAUCUGGCUGCGGCUACAUUUUAGAUGUCCUCAGUUGUUUGGCCAACAAAUAUGAACCAUUACAGCAUAAAAGCCAAACUUGUAAACAGACCAAAAUCGACAUUUUCUACUCAGUCAGGUGUAAGGAAUUCUAUGAAUUCCUGCGGAGACCCAUCGAAGACCUCCUACGGAAGAUCAAAGAAAAGGACGUAGCCACUAUAACGUUUACAUUUUAUGUCACUGGUUCAGAUGUAAGAGAUGUCGCAGACGACACAACAGAAUCGCCAAUUCAACUCAUUCAGGGUCGAAUUAACUUUGAAAAAGCUCUGAAGGUUGCUAAUAAGAAAUCAUGUUGUUACUUUAUUGGAAGGCCUGUGAUUGCCAAGGAGGUUGUCGAAAUAUGCCAAAGGAAAGGAAUCCGUCUUGUUAAAGAUUUCACGAAUGGCCGUGGAAGCCAAGAGGACCGUCGUUUACUUAUGAAAUACCUUAAGAGAAGCUUUUGGGUAAUAUUUGUAAUAACUGCCGUUUGCGUUGCCAUAAGUCUUGUGAUUGAUGUCAAAUCAAUCAAAAACUCUCUGGAAAUCUUAUCAACAAACAGGACAAAAUAAUUCAUCCGCGUAUUAGUUUAGUCUUACAAACCAGUUAUAUCGUUAGUUUUUCACCCUCAAGCUCCCUCAAAAGGGACGGGUCAUUUAUCAAAAUUUCAAAACUUGCCCUUUUCAAUAAGGUCCGUUGUCAAAAAGAAUCGUGAGGUUGGCGUCAACUGUGGAACUUGUUUCAGCUCAACCUAUUCCCCAAAUACACAGGCAUCCCCUAGAAAAACCUUCGUCAUUUAAAUGUCUUUUUUUUCUUGUGGUUAUAUUUGGAGCAGUUCCCAUUCUGUUAUAUUAUUUUUUGUCAGGCUCAAUCAAAAUGCACCCCGCGAGAGUAUUAAAAGUAUUUGCAUAA